AUGUCAAAUAGAUUUGUGCAGGCAGGGCAGAUAGAUUCAGAAACAUUUCAAAAACAAAUUGAAAGGGAAAAUGAAGAGUCUGCAAAGCAUGCUGAAGAACAACGUCAAAGAGAGGGAAAGACUUUAGUUCAGCAACUGGAGAAGCACAAGUUGGAAAAAUAUCAAGAAUACCAACAACAGCUAGAACAUACCAAUUCUGCCUACAGGCUUAAUGAAAAAGAUUCUACGUUUUACAAUGAACUACAACGAAAACAAAAGGAGCAAGAAUCCAUAAAGGCCCGCUUUCUCGGGCAACGAGUAGAAGAGUAUCGAAAGCUAAAAGAUAUGGGUCCAAACCUAAAUGCAAUGCAACAUUUAAAGGUCUCCAGCCUUAUCACUUCUGCCAAAACUAAACCUACGCUUAAGAAAAGAAAGUUAGACAAUUCUUCAAGAGGAAAUAUAGUGGGGUACAGUAGUUCUGAUGAUGACGAGGACGAGAAAGCCCAUGAAGAUAUAUGA